GUAACACCAAAAAUGUCUCUGAUUUUUGGUCAGUUGGUUAUUGGUCCACCUGGCAGCGGUAAAACUACUUACUGCAAUGCCAUGUCAAAAUUUCUUGAAGGGAUUGGACGUAAAGUAGCAGUAAUAAAUAUUGAUCCAGCCAAUGAAAAUAUGGAAUAUGAGCCAAAAGUCGAUAUUUCUGAACUCAUAAAGCACAACGAAGUUAUGGACGUGUACGGUCUUGGACCCAACGGAGCACUCGUAUAUUGCAUGGAAUUUUUGGAGACAAAUGUCGAAUGGCUUAUAAAAAAAGUUCUCAAUCUAAAAGAUCACUACUUAAUUUUUGAUUGCCCCGGACAGGUGGAAUUGUAUACUCAUCAUAAAUCAGUAUCUGCAAUAACAGAAAAAUUGACUGAAAAUUUAGUCAGAUUGUGCAGUGUUCAAUUAAUUGACUCUCAUCACUGCAGUGAUCCAGGGAAGUAUUUGUCCUCCUUACUACUCUGUACAAGCACUAUGUUGUUGUUGGGCUUACCACACGUCAAUAUUAUGACUAAAUUGGACGAAAUGAAAAAAUUCAGUGACAGACUUGACUUCAAUAUUGAUUUUUACACAGAAGUACUGGAUCUGCGAUAUCUUCUAGAAAAACUCGACGAGAAUCCUUUAACGGCCAAAUACAAAAAGCUCAACGCUGCAAUGAUAUCGCUCGUGGAAGAUUAUAGUCUCGUCAAUUUUCUUCCUCUUGACGUAUCCAACAAAGCUCUCCUUCUGCAGAUUAAAAACUCUAUUGACAAAGCAAACGGUUAUAUUUUUGGUGGCAACGAACCACAUGAUAUCCAGACUUUACUUGCUUGUGCAAUGGGCUCGGUCAGUGAGAGCGAAAAAAUGUCAACUUUAGAAUCCUACUUGUGAAUCCAAUUCAUUUCUUAUGGAAAAUAAAUUUUGUAUUGAAAUAA